UUGAAAAUGAAAAUAAAAAAGCUCAAGAUCCUUCAGAAGUACCUGGUACAUAUCUUAAGGAGGGAAAUAGAUCCCAAGGAUUUAAAGGAAAAAUCCAUCAUUCAUUCAAAAUCCUUAGGAGAACAUUUCACACAACCAGUCCUACAGGAUCUUUACGGAGUUGAGAAGACUGAUGAUUACAGUAAGCUGGAUAUGCCCCUGGUUUUUGCUUUGCUAAGAAACUUCUGUGAAAAUAUCAAACCUCCAAUCAGAGGGUGGGACUAUGAACCUCCAGAUGAUGAAGAGAUAGUUUGUGCUGACAUUGAAAGGAUCCGAUCUAUGUGGAAUAAAUACUGUGAUAAUAAUUACGACUUCAGGAAUUUAGAUGAUGUUUCCGACAGAAUGAAGAAUAAAAACGGAACUGUAGCUGUUCAGAAUAAUCCAGAAUUACAAAAUAAGGCACAAGAUGAGAUGGAAGAUUUUUCGGAGAUAAUAGAAAAAAUACAAAGUAUUAAGCUGAAUCCAGACUGCACUGUUGAGACAAGCAUUGUGAUAACAGAAGGGAUAAAGUCAGCUCUUCUGUCCCUGGAGACAGGAAAUGUAGUAAUCUGUAAAGGAGCCAUAGGAUGUGGUAAAACUCACGCAUUGAAAGCAAUCCAGAACAGAUCUAUAAAGACAAAGGAUGGAAAGUAAGAUGGAUGGAGGAAAAUAUAACUUCUCUAAAGGAAAAUGUGGAAGAUAAAACAAUUGUGAUUUGUGACAAUCUUUUUGGAAGUUAUGGUUGUAAUACAUUUUCAUUAAGUAGAAUAUCAAGCAUUGAAAAUUUUCUUGAGAGUAUAC